AUGGUGAUAUUUUCUUUUUCUUUUCACAGGCGUGAACUCGGAAGACAGAGGAGUCACAGAGGUAGGUUGAAAGGGAUAAAGGGCCCGCCACAAGGAAUGAAAGGAGGGAGGUUGCGAGAAGGAGGGGAGCUUAUACUCGGUCUCCUAUCUGAGAGACGAGGAUGUAGGGAGCCGGCAGGUGAUGAUGGAGAGAGAGAGAUAAGAGAACGAGCUCAAGAGAAGUGCUCCGCUGGACGAAAGCAGCCGAAUCUGGGAAAUGUGAACACGGGGCAGGGGAUGGUGAUCUCAAAGAGAGUAGGGGGAAGGGGAAGUUUUGUAUCAGACGCUGCUUCGGGUGCCCAAGGCGUGGUUGCCACCUGGAGUAGUCGAAUCACUGCCUUGGCCGGAAGAGUUGAAACCGUGACGAAUCUGAGUGGAUGGAUCACAGACACCCCCAGAGGGCUAGACACGGACGAGGAGGAGAAUAGUGGACACCUAACCACCAGUAUAAUGAAGUGGCGCUCAGACAUCGGGAUCGCAGCAGGAAGCCACUGGAAACACAGAACCCGUAGCAGUCCGUCAGAGUGCUUGAAAUUCUGGUUGUUGUUUCCAUUCUUCCGAGGGCUUAUUGGUGGUGGUGGUAGUUCUGUGGUGUUGGGCUUGUUGCCGGACAGAAAGUGGAGGCCUGUCAAUUCGGGGGAGACUCCACCGCCCGACUGGAAAACUGAAGUGCCUGGAAGGUCUGGGCUGGGCCUUCUGGAACCAUUGAGGGAAGGGGAAGAUCCAUGGGUUACCGCGGGCGGCAUUGACAGGAAAAGCUUGAUGAAUGCAUUGCUCGCGUCAGGCUGGGCUGACUAUCUAUGGCUGCUGAGCCCGUGGCGGCUACUCCGGGAGCAAGCCAUAAGCCAUGAGCCAAUUUUGCCAACUCGUAUCAGGAUUUAUGUCGGUUACCCGAUCGUUGCACUCUGA